AGCAGCAGCAGCAUGACUGGAGGAAAGGGAAGGGAGGAGUCAGACUGGGACUCACUUCCCCUCCAGUACUCCCAGUUCUUAAAGCCUCAGACUCUCCUGGAGUCGCUCUGAAUCCGAGGAGCACAUCCUUCAGGAAAAUAUUCCCACUCAUGUUCCAGAGAUAAAGAUGGAGCCUGAAGGUUCAUACGUCCAGGACGACCCGCAUGUCAGGCUGAUGAUGGCGGGUUCGACCCUGAGGAAGGUCAAGUCCCGCUCCUGGAAGAAGCAGCGUCAUUUCCGCCUCCUGGAGGACGGCCUGACGAUCUGGUACAAAUCCAGAUGGGCGGGGAAGGGCCACUCCACCUUCUCAGUGAUGGACGUGGAGGUGGUGCGUGAGGGCCAUCAGUCUGAGGUCAUGCUGAGCAUCGCCGAGGAGUUUCCUGCUGAGCUCUGCUUCACCCUGGUGUUUCACGGUCGCCAAGGAAACCUGGACCUGGUGGCCGACUCCCCAGAGGAGGCCCAGGCCUGGAUCCAGGGGGUCCGGAAGCUGAUCCACAAAGCCCAGACCAUGGAUGAGCAGGAGAGGCAGGACCAAUGGGUGCGAGACUGGUUCCAGAAAGCCGAUAAGAACAAAGACGGGAAGAUGAACUUCAAAGAAGUGAAGAAGCUGCUGAAGAUGAUGAACGUGGAGAUGAACGAAGACAACGCUCUGCAUCUGUUUACGAUGGCCGACAAGUGUGAAAGCGGCUCCCUGGAAAUCGAGCAGUUUGUCCACUUCUACCAGAUGCUGACCCAGAGAGACGAGGUGUGGAAGGUUUUCCAGGACUACUCUGGAGACGGAGAGCGGCUGACGCUGGAGGAGCUGGAGACCUUCCUGAGGCUGGAGCAGGGCGAAGGGGACCAGAGCUCCCAGCAUGCCCAGCAGCUGAUCCAGCGCUACGAACCCUCUGAGACGGCCGUGAAGGAAAGCUCCAUGUCGCUGGAGGGUUUCCAGAUGUACCUGUGUUCCCAGGAGGGCUCCGUAUUCAACCCGGCGCUCCUGGAGCUUCAGCAGGACAUGAACCAGCCGCUCAGCCACUACUUCAUCUCCUCCUCACACAACACCUACCUGCUGGAGGACCAGCUGAGAGGCCAGAGCAGCCUGGAGGCAUACAUCCAGGCGCUGAAGAGAGGCUGCCGCUGUGUGGAGGUGGACUGCUGGGACGGCAGCGACGGGGAACCCGUUGUCUACCACGGCCACACGCUAACAUCAAAAAUCCUCUUCAGAGACAUUAUCUCAACUCUCAAAGAGUACGCCUUCAAGGUAUCGGACUUCCCCGUCAUCGUGUCCCUGGAGAAUCACUGCGGCGUGGAGCAGCAGACCGUCAUGGCAACACACCUUCGCCAAAUUUUGGGCGAGAUGCUGCUGACGGCCCCGCUGGACGGACAGAUCCCCCACAUGCUUCCCUCGCCUCAGGAGCUGAGAGGAAAGAUUUUGCUGAAAGCCAAGAAAAUUGGCGGGUUGGAAACUCACCUGGACGAAACGUUGACUGAUGAAGUCAGCGACGAAGACGAGACGGCGAACGGUGACGCAGAGAGUCCGAGCGCAGAGGAUCCACCGGCGGAAACGACAAACAAAAAGUCCAAACUGUCCAGGGAGCUGUCAGACCUGGUGGUCUACUGCAAGAGCGUCCACUUUCACGGCUUUGAGCACGCUCGCUCUCAGGCUAAGUGCUAUGAGAUGUCGUCCUUCUCUGAAUCCAAAGCAAAGAAACUCGCUAAGGACGCAGGGUCAGAGUUCGUUCGGUGCAACGCUCGGCAGCUGUGCAGGACUUACCCCAGCGGCCUGAGGACCGACUCGUCCAACUACAACCCUCAGGACAUGUGGAACGUGGGCUGCCAGAUCGUGGCUCUGAACUUCCAGACGGCCGGCCUGGAAAUGGACCUGAACGACGGACGCUUCAGGCAGAACGGUUGCUGCGGUUACGUCCUCAAGCCCGACUUCAUGAGAGACGCCGACAGCAGCUUCAGCCCGGACCGACCCGAGGACCGGCCGGGCUACAAGCCGGCCCGCCUGUCCAUCCAGGUGAUCAGCGCGCAGCAGCUGCCCAAGGUCAACCAGAAGGAGGGAUCCAUCGUGGACCCGCUGGUCAGAGUGGAGAUCUACGGCGUCCCUCAGGACCAAACCAAGGAGGAGACCGGCCACAUCAACAACAACGGGUUCAACCCCGUCUGGAACGAGACUCUGAACUUCAUCGUCCACUCGCCUGAGCUGGCGCUGGUCCGCUUCGUGGUGGAGGACCACGACAAAACGUCCAGGAACGACUUCAUCGGACAGUUCACGCUUCCCUUCACCUGCAUCCAGCCAGGCUACCGUCACAUCCACCUGCUGUCUAAAGACGGGACGGCCAUCCCUCCGUCCUCCGUCUUCGUUAACGUCAGCGUCUCAGAGCUCACAUGAAGGUCACGGCGCCUCUGACCUCACAGCUUCACUCCACUGUUCAUGUUUUAGUGUUUUAGUUGCUUCUAAACUCAUAGAAAACUUUCGAAUGUUUACUGAUUCCAGGAACGUCGUUUUACAUUUUUAUCUGGACUCUAAAGAAUCACCUGCUGGCCAAAAUGAGAUGAAGGAAAACUCCAGUGUUACUUAUUAUUUAAGAACAAACAGGAAAAGUGAUGAGACUGAAUCAUUCCAGUCAGACUGAAGCUUAAAUUUAGACUUUGACUAGGACAUUGCAGCACUUUGGUCCUCAUCUUUUUCUGCCAUUUCAUUGUAGAUUGCUGAGGUGUAAAAUGAACAACGAAGGACUCAACGUCUGCAUUUUAUUCUUUUUCUCUGAGAAUAUUUUGAAGCUUAAAGAUCCACAGAUUUUAUUGUUUAUUUCACAUGUAAAAACCACAGGACAGAUACUGUUUUUAUCAAUUUAAAUGAAAUAUUGUUACAGGAACAUUGCCAUGUUGUUAACACUGCAAUGCAUGCUGGGUAGAUUACGUAUGCUAAGUGCUACAGCGCUAGCUCCGUCCAGCCAGAAAAGUUUUUUUUGUGACUUUAGUGACAUUAAACUCUUUGAAUUUGAACCUGAGCGCAUUGAAAUGUAAAGGGAAUGAAGAUGAGGAGGACCAAGCGGAGGAAGAGCAGAAAGUCGUCUGAAAAAACUGGAGUUUGUGCUGCUGCUGCUAGGAAUGCUAACCAAGAAGGAGAGCGUUAGCUGCUGAGGUUCCUGGCUCAAUCUGUUUACGGUUAGCAUCAGGAUCAAAACAUUUUCUCAAGAAUGAUUUUUACAAAGUUUAACCAUCCACUCAUAUUUCAAUUUGUUUUGAUUUAGAAUUAGCAUCUGCUAAUGUUUUUAGCUCUUGCUAAUGGUGUUAGCUCUAGCUAAAGUAAUAAACAGUAGGUCACAAGCCAUCUGGUGUUUAGUAGCAGUUUGUCUCAGUUUCGACGUUUCUGUGUUUUGACUAUAAACUUUGCGUCACCGGCCCAGCAUGCAUUGCAGGUGGUAACAAAGAUGUUCAAUAUUUUAAUUCUGAGUUUUUAUUCAUCACAGUUUGUAGGUCAGUAGGAAAAUGACUGUAUAUUCAGUGGUAGAUGUCUGAACAUGAAGGAUUUCUGCAUGUUAAACCUGCCUGAACUAACAGCAACAUAACUGGACGACUGUUGGAAACAAACGUCCAAACUGCCAGAUAUCAGUAUUAUACAUAUAAAAACAGACCUUAUUAAAAACAGUGUGAACUGA